CUUGGGGGUGGCUGGUACAGCUCUGACCACAGACCUGAGAGCCUGCCACCUCUGCCUGGUGCUUGCUGUGGGCAGGAAGCCACGAGCUACGUGGACUAACGGAGACCGCUGAGAUGGGCUUUUCCUUUAGGAUUGCAUCAGGUGUUGCUGGUUAUAGUUAGAAGGCCACUGCACCACAAGGAUGCUGGGAUUUGAAGAGCUAUGGUGAAAAGCCACUGAGCGUUACCAAGGAUGGGAGUGGUGAGCAGCAAAAAGCAGGUCAAGGAGAAGGGUAGGGGACAGUGGAGCCCCGUGAAGGUCAGCACCCAGAGCAGAGAGCCCCCACCGCUGCCACCCCUGGUCGUGUUUAACCACCUGGCUCCUGAACCUCCCAACACACACCCGGAUCAAGAAGAGCAUUUCGUGGUGGCGCUGUAUGACUACAUGACAGUGAAUGACCGUGACCUGCAGAUGCUGAAAGGGGAGAAGCUGCAGGUCCUAAAAGAGUCUGGAGACUGGUGGUUGGCCAAGUCUCUCGUCACGGGAAGAGAAGGCUACGUGCCCAGCAACUUUGUGGCCCGGGUAGAGACCCUGGAAGUAGAAAAGUGGUUCUUUAGAUCAAUUAGCCGGAAAGAUGCCGAGAGGCAGCUUCUAGCUCCAAUCAAUAAGGUGGGCUCCUUUCUUAUUAGAGAGAGCGAAACCAACAAAGGUGCCUUUUCCCUGACUGUGAAGGAUGCAACCAGCCAGGGGGAGGUGAUCAAACACUAUAAGAUCCGCUCCCUGGAUGAAGGGGGCUAUUACAUCUCCCCCCGAAACACCUUCCCCACCCUCCAGGCUUUGGUGCAGCACUACUCUAAUAAAGGGGAUGGCUUAUGCCAGAAGUUGACCCAACCCUGUGUGAGCCUGGCUCCUCAGAACCCCUGGGCCCAGGAUGAGUGGGAAAUUCCCCGGCAGUCUCUCAGGAUGGUCCGGAAACUCGGGUCAGGGCAGUUUGGCGAAGUCUGGAUGGGUUAUUACAAAAACAGCAUGAAGGUGGCCAUCAAGACCCUGAAGAAGGGAACCAUGUCUCCAGAGGCCUUCCUGGGCGAGGCCAACCUGAUGAAAACUCUCCAGCAUGAAAGGCUGGUUCGCCUCUACGCUGUAGUCACCAAGGAGCCCAUCUACAUCGUGACUGAGUACAUGGCCAGAGGGUGCUUGCUGGAUUUCUUGAAGACGGAUGAAGGUAGCAGAUUGUCCCUCCCGAGACUGAUCGACAUGUCGGCCCAGAUUGCUGAAGGAAUGGCGUACAUUGAGAAAAUGAAUUCAAUCCACCGUGACCUCAGGGCGGCCAACAUCCUGGUGUCUGAGACCUUGGGCUGCAAAAUCGGUGACUUCGGCUUGGCCCGGAUCAUUGACAAUGAAUACACCGCUCAAGAGGGGGCCAAGUUCCCCAUCAAGUGGACUGCCCCAGAGGCUAUUCAUUUUGGGGUGUUCACCAUCAAGGCGGACGUGUGGUCAUUUGGCAUCCUCCUGAUGGAAAUUGUCACCUAUGGGCGAGUACCCUACCCAGGAAUGAGCAACCCCGAGGUCAUCCGCAGCCUGGAGCGAGGCUACCGCAUGCCGCGUCCCGACUCGUGCCCGCCGGAGCUGUACCGCGGGGUCAUCGCCGAGUGCUGGCGGAGCCAGCCCGAGGAGCGGCCCACCUUCGAGUUCCUGCAGUCGGUGCUCGAGGACUUCAACACGGCCACCGAGCGGCAGUACGAGCUGCAGCCCUAGCCCGGC